AUGCCAGAGAAACUGGGCUCUGCCGCAGAGACCCUAAAGAUAGUAGGCCCUCGGUUGAGUAUUCUGCGGCCUCCGAGGACUUUCUACCUCGAAACAAUCAUUGAUUUACAGUUCUCAAAGCGCGACUUCGCAACAAAGUGCCAAGCAGCUUUGCAAGCGGCUAUGGUAGAUGCUCGGUUUAUUUAUGCGUCCACUAUCCUUAAUGACUUUGCAGACAAACACCCACAGAUUAGGCGAUGCGCUGAAGCAUGGGUCUUCAGGGCUGAGUUUGAAAUGGCUAUAUUUCGCAGAAACGCGGCAAUUGAUGCGAUCACUGAAGGAUUAAGGAACCAUGCUGAGCCAAUGGAGCUUCUCGCAGAGGCCUACCGACUGGUAACACACGGUCAAAUAUUCAACGUUAAACGAGCUCCAAAUGCUUCUAUCGCUGUCGAUAAAUCAUAUUUAGAGACCCUUACAGUUCUUUGCGAAACCAAUAAACGGAAUCAGUUCAAUACGUCUAGCACAUCAAGGAGAAGCAGCGAGUCGGAGCGAGGGGCGAAUCACGCCAUGCAAAGAUCCUCCAGCUCAGGAGCAUGGAAGGCUACACAGCAUUCUUCUUGGGAUGACAGUAGAAAUGGUGAGAUGCGGCUUGAGCCACGGCCCGGACAGCGUCUCAUCUCUGAUAGCAGGUCUGGAAGGUCUCAGCGAUCAAUGACUCCCAGCUCUGUCGGACGGUCUCAGGGAAAUACAGUACGCUUGCCCAUUCAAUAUGCUCCUCAUGAGCAUGUAAAUCGGGCUGAAAUAACAAACUACUACACACAAAUGGCUGAAAAGAAGCGAACUGUAGAGCGGAGAGAAGAAUUGGGAUUAUCAGGAAUUAGGUCAAGGUCGAGCAUUGUCUCCUUGGCAGCAAGAAGUAGUAGUACGAGUAAAAGUCCGCUAAAUGUGCCGGUAGUCAACAAGUAUCAAGAAGUGGUGGCAAAAUCUUAUAGACAGAGAAUUGGGGAUCAUGCAGAUAAGCGUCAGCGACUGAACAGAGACAGAAGACAAAGAUUAAAGGAGGAUGGAGACUUCUUUGAUCUCACAGAGGGCGUUCAAAAUCCAUACAUGUCCGAACUUAGUUUUGAGCUUCCAGAAGCGCUGCCAUCAAUAACUAAAACACUCCGGUAUACACAUAGCCAUGCGACUGCAGCACAGUCUCACUUUCAGUUACAGAAUGUAUCUACGACAUCUACCAAAACCAAUGCUUCUCUGGACAUAGACAGUCACGAACAAAUGUAUGGGCGCAGAACAGAUGGGCAUUCCCGAUCCGCAUCGUUUUCUUCGGUUUUCUCGGAUGAAGAGGACGAGUUGCCGCCAAUCUCUAAGCCAGUCCAGUCUAGGCAACCUCAUGAGGCAACAGUGUCGUCUCGGCCGUCUGUCUCUGCGUUCGAUCUUGAUAAGAGGUCUAUACCCUUUCUCAGUAGCCAAGUAAACUAA